GUGUUUAAUUUUUAUAUUGGUUAGUUGAAAGAUGUAAAGCUUUAAAUUUAAGAAAUGCUGCUCAAAAAGAUAAUUUUAUUGAACUGAUUUGGUUAGCUGACAGUAAUAAUGUAGUAACAAUGAAGAGCAAAUUGUAGCAAGAUUAUUAACUUAUAAGAAUAACCAGUAAUAUGAGUAAAGUAAAUGACAAUGUUCUGCUUUAUUACAGUUUUAUCAGUAACGAGUGUUAAGUUUAUACAACCUUAUCAUACAAGUUUGGUGUAUUGUUUACACUAUUGAUGAACACAGAACAGUCUUUGGGUGAAACCAAGCCACUAACAUUAGUUUGUUACCAAAUAAAAUUUUGACCAGACGAAUAGCGUUUGAUUUCAAAACUACUGGAGUAUUGGCGAAUAUGAAUUCUAAGCAUAACAUGUUAAUACCUGUCCUGAGAAAGUUUGUUGACAAUUUUUUGGAAGAGUCUCUUGAAACAAGGGUUUCUGUCAUCCUGUCCUUGUCCAAUUUCCUCAAAGAAACAAAGUUUCAAAAAAUAUUUGUUGAGAGUGAAGGAGUUUUUAAACUAACAGAGUUUCUUGAUUGGGGAUUUGAUUCUUAUUCACUGCUUGUUGAAAACCAGAAUCGACAAAUAAUCAAUGGCUUGCUGACAUUGUGCCAAAGGCUUGCAAGUAAUGAAAGUUACAGAUCUUCUCUUAUAGCUGCUAAAUCCCAUGAGAAAUUGUUCAAGAUGCUGUAUGUACCUGAUGUUGAUAUCUUGAAAGGUGCCCUAUACUGUUUGAUAAGUUUGGCAGAAGGGACAGCAUCCAAGCUGGUGUUAGCUGAAACUUGUCAUGUAAAUCAAGUCUUACACAUCAUUGAACAUUAUGACCCACUAUCCAGAAAGCUUGCUGCAAGUGUGCUGAGACUACUUAGUGGGUGUCAAAAUGUUCAAGACCUGGUAAUAUUGUUCAAUGGAAUUCCAGUUUUACUGAGCCAGUUUGAAGGGGAAAAUUAUCGUCUUCAGUGGCACAUUGCUUGGAGUCUAGCACAGUUGGCUAUGGAACCUAAGCUUCGAACACAAAUCUACAGAAAAGGGGGCUUGCCUAUUCUCCUUGGUGUUCUGAGGUUGGAUCAUAGCAUAAAAAUGAUAAAAAUACCUGAAAAACUGAAAAAAGAAGCAGUGACACCUGUUUCAAAAAAUGAGCACAUUUGUUCAACAUUGACUAGUUCAGAGGAACAGUUGGCAAGUUUGCUUGCUUUGAAAGCAGAAAUGCUUUGUAUUUCAGCUAUUUGUGCCACUUUGACUGAAUUGACUUAUGAUGACCAGUUAUCAUGUAAACUUGCUCAGGAGGAAGCUGUUUAUUUGCUGAUACAGCAUGUGGUGCCACCUAGUGGUGAUAUUUUGCCAGACUUAACAGAUGAACCCCAAGCUGUACAAGAAGCUUUCAGCAAUCUACAGCUCCUAGCAUUGAGAGCAAUGAGAUUUCUGUUUAGUCUUGAACGAAACAGAAGGUGGUUCCAUCGCCUUUUUCCUCCAGCCAUAUUUGAAACGUUCAUUUCUGUAAAUCAUUACAAACGAGAUUUGUCUCUCUAUCGUUGUUGUGUUGAUCGACUGAACAACAUAACAGCAGAGGAGCUAAAGACUGUAAGCUUAGCUGUAGAUAACUUAAAUAAGCAACGCUGUCCUCUCUUCAAAGUUGGUGGAUACUUGGUUUUAGAUCUUCUUGGCUCUGGAGCUUUUGGGAGUGUCUUCAAGGUUCAACCGUCAGAAGAGUCUACAGCUUCUUAUUUGGCAGUAAAAGAGGUUAGUCUACAUCAUCCCUGGCUAGGAAGAGCAUUAACUGAAAAUUCAGCCAGUGUAGGAGAGAUAGUCAGUGAGGUGAACAUAGCUCGGGAACAGUUGCGUCAUCCAAACAUCGUACAGUAUCAGAAAGUUUUCAUUGAAAAUGAAAAGCUUUACAUUGUCAUGGAUUUGAUUGAAGGCUUGUCUUUGAAUGAGGUCAUUAAUUCUAUGAAAGAAAAAGAAGAGACAUUUCUGGAAGAGAGAAUUUGGAAGGUACUCAUUCAGUUGAUUCAAGGUCUUCAUUAUCUUCAUGUAGACAAACAUGUCAUCCACAGAGACUUGACUCCAAAUAACAUCCUGCUGGGAGAUCGAGACAGACUUACCAUUACUGACUUUGGACUAGCUAGAAGAAAAUUCUCAAGGGAAAGUAAUGUGACUUCUGUAGUUGGUACUAUGUUGUAUUGUUGUCCAGAGAUAGUCCAGCAUAAGCCAUAUGGAGAAAGAGCUGAUAUUUGGUCUCUUGGAUGUGUCAUAUACCUGCUGUGUACUUUACACCCACCAUUUUGGUCUCAGAAUUUACUGGCACUUGCUUCAAAGAUAGUUAAAGGCCAAUAUGACCCAAUAUCCAGUUCCCAGUUUUGUGAUAAAUUGGUCAACAUAAUUGAAAGCUGCCUGAUCGUAGACUCAGAUCGACGACCUGACAUUUCUACUGUGGCAAGUCUGGCAGCUUCUCAGUUAGUAGCAACCAUUGAUACACUUUCCACUGAGCAAAGGAUUUUGGAAAGAAAACUGCAGCUGGAAAAGGAAAAGAGAAAAAGCUUAAAAGACAAAGUCAAAAAGCAAGUACCACUGAACUUCCCACAAAGUCAUCCUACUGAUAGUUUUCCUUUAAACAAACAUGCUAAAGCUGGUUCUUCCUUCUCCUUAUCCUUGUCACCAAGAAAACUCCAAGAAACCAAAGAUCCAGUCCUACCACUAUUUCAGCAGCUUCAUAAGCUCAUAUAUAUUUCUCAGCUCCCUCCUCCUGAAACCCCUUGUCAUCACCGCUGGAUGCUUCAAGUAUAUACUCGAAUGUUAUUUGCUAAUAAUUUGGGCACCCUCUACUUGAAGACAGAAAUGUCAAAACUAAUGCAUCUGUCAAAAGAAAACAUCCAACUCAAAACCUGCCCUAAAUAUAAGGAGCAGAUAGAAUUAUUUUCUCCUCUAGAAGAGGAUUCAGUGAUAACAACAACAUACGAAGAACUACAUCAUAUGAUUGAAGCUUUGCUCCUGGAAACAGAAUAUUACCAGUGCUGAAGAGAAGAGCGUGGCUUGAAAUCCCUGGAACAUUAAGAAUCUUAUUUCUAAUUGAUUAUGAUGAGUUUGUAAUUAUUAACCAGAUAGCCAGAACAAGUAUGGCAAUAUUAAAACAUAAUAAUUAUUAAUACUAUUGAAUCGUGUAACUUAUCACAGUUCAGCCCUUCAUUUUGAUAGCAAAUGUUUAUUGAAACCAAAUUUUUGACCAAAUGAUUGCUAAGAUAAUCAGGAUUAGAGAGCUGGAUCCAUUUAGAGAUACAGUGAAUGAUUUUCCAGUUUUAUGAAUAUUUUCAGGCAGAGUUACUAAUGAUCUGUAUCUAAAUGUUGAAUGAUUUCAUCAUAAACGAAUAUUUGUAUGGUCUCAGAAAUUUUUAAAAAAGUUCUAAAAAGUUCUUGAAAGCCAAAAUGUAGUCUACAUGAACAUCUCAGUCUAAUUAUUAAUUAUUAAGUAAUUUUUUGUAUUUGAUUUUUUUAUAGCUAGAUACUAAUUACUAACUAGUUUUUAUCCUAGUAUGAUUUGGUUGAUAAUCUGCUGACAUCUUCAGUGAAGUCCUGAGAUGGACUAUUUCUGUGUGAGUAGUGACUGAUGACCCUGUGUCUUGAUAGGAGUUUGGUGCAUUAUCCACUCAACUGGGAUAUUCCCUUUUAGAAUUUGAUUCAACUAACUAUUGGAAUGUUUUAAAGACAAGUAUCCAGGUUUUUCUAACUUCUAUGCUAGGUUGAAUGAAUGUUUUAUUAGUUAGGUGGAUGAUAAGGCUUGUUUUAUCUUUGUUCUUCUCAUUUGUGGUUAUAUACUAUUGUUUCAGUAUUAUUCCUGUUUAUCCUGUGGUCAUCGUCUCUGGCAUGAUGGGCUGUUACCACAUGUAUUUGUCUUUUAUGAAUCUGAAUUCUAACUUUUGUAGGUCUUUUUGUUUCCUUCAUGUAUUGAAAUUCACAUUUACAGAGGAUAUUGUAUAUAGUGUUUUCUCUCUCUCCAUUGGAUUUUUUAGUUUUUUAAUGUGUAGGAACUGCAUUUGAUUGUGUUGUGACUUCUGAAAACUGUUCUGACUUUAUGUUGUUAUACAACAGACAACACACCAAACUUAACUGUGUAAGUAUAGAAUUGUUUUCAUUAUUUUUUCUAAACAUUCAAAUUUUCUUUGACAUAUCUCUUAAGAAUGUCACUUUGGAUGGAAUGCAUUCAGGUAUUCUGUAAUUGAUAUCACCAGUAUUCAUGACAUUCAGUUGUGUGCAUUAUUUUGAUGUAAUUAAAGCCUGAAACAUUAGCUUUAGAAUGAUGUAAUUGAAUUUUAUUAGUUAAAAAGACUUGAUUUCUGCUAUAAGUUUUGAUUCACUAGGGAAGAAGUAGGCACAGAAAACUAGGUACUUAAGUAACUGCUAUAGGAAAGCAUCAUUGUUUCAUUAUUCACAUCAGUCAAUUUGAAAUUACAUGGAUUAUAACCUUGUGGAGUUAGUAAAUGGCAAUUUGAUAGUGAUUUUAUUUGGAGUGAACACAAAAAUGACUAUUGCAGCACUAAUUUAUUGGUAGCAGUUGUUUGGUUUUAGCCAUUUAAGUUGUUUAAAGACAACUGAAAUAAUACUAGACAAUAAUGAUAAAAUAGUGUGUACCUUAUACUCAUAUUCAUGCUACAUUUUAAUUAUUGAAAUAGUUAUAGCAAGUCAGUGUUGAUCCCAAAGAAUAAUACCAAAUGGUCCAGGUUGCAACAAUGAACAUAAGAUAUUUUGACUUUUGUUGGUUAGUGAGCUACAUGCUGCAUCUUACAGUUUGUUUAUUUAGUAAAAAAGUAUCAUUCACUAUUUUGACUUCUUUCCAAAGUAUAAAACCUCAGAAGAGUAGAGAUUAAAUAUAUGUAUAUAUAUAUACAUAUAUAUAGCAUUACUAAAAAAAUUUUCAGCUUUUAAAAUUUGCAGAGUUGAUUGGAGGACUGAAAUAAUUUCAUUAAAUAAUAACAAAUCAAACUCCAGAAAAGAAAAUUCUUAUUAGAAAAGCCAAUUUUUUGGCUUAUAUCUCACUCUCUAGAGUUAGAGCAUCACUGAAAAAAAAAGAACAAACUGAUGUUUGAAUUAACAGUUAUACUGAAAGUACACAUUACAACAAUAGACAAAUGGCAAAACAGUGGGAAAUUUCAUGAGGUAUCAAAUUACAUUUCAUAAUAAUAUUAAAAGGACGUAAUUGUUUAAAGAAGGAAAAUAAAAUGUUU